AUGACAGAAUUAAAUGAUGAUGUUCUAUUAUAUAUUUUUCAAGUUUUAUAUUACUUAAUUACAAAUAAUGAAAUAAAAUAUAAAAAAUCUCUACAUUCUUGUUUGUUUGUUAACAAACACUGGUAUGCAAUCAUGAUCCCAAUUUUAUGGAGAUAUCCUAGUAAAUUUGUUUAUAAAAAUGAAUCAUUAUUCAAUAUCAUCAUUUCUCAUUUAUCAGAUAAUUUGAUUAAAUUCUUAAAAGAUAAAAAUAUUAUUGAAGCAAAUUUCCAAAAGCAAAAACUUCUAUUUAACUAUGUUAAAUUUUGUCAAUAUCUUAAUGAUAUUUAUAAAUGUUUUCCAAAAAGAUCAUCAAGUUUAUUGGAUGAAGAAAUUUAUAAGCUUUUUAUUAGUGAAUGCUCAUCUAUAAAACGUUUGUGUUCAGAGAUGUUAAGUUACCCAAUAUAUAAAUAUCCAGGAUCAAAUAUUUCUCUUUCAAAUCUAUCUGAGUUACGUUUAGUUUCAAGUUCAAGUUAUAAUGACUUUUAUCAUGAAUUGGCACAAAUAUGCAGAUCAAUAGAAAAAAUUUAUAUAAAACUUUGCGAUGAUCUUUCUGGAGCUGCUGAAUUAAUUGAAAUGCAAAAACAGAUUAAAUACAUAUAUGUUGAGGAAUCUUAUAUGAAUUGCGAGAAGAUAGAACAAGCUUUAGAAAAACAUGCAAAUUCAAUUGUUAGUUUCAAUAUAAAAACACAUAAACACUUUUUAAAUGAUACUCUCCUUCCAAAAUUAAUUAAUUUACAACAAUUGGGGAUAGUAGAUAAUUUCUAUGAACUAAAGCAUGGAAUAUCAUAUUUAAAUUAUUACGAACUUCAAAUACUUGAAUUAGUAAAUGUUUUACUUGAUAUAGCAAUAGAUAUUAUUCAAAAUACCAAUGGAAAUCUAUGGAAAAUUAAAAUCAGACCUAAAGAUUUCAAUCAAGUAAAAGAAUAUAAUCAGACAAUCCAUAAACAUUGCCCAAAUAUAAAAUAUGUUUCAUUAUUUUUAAAAGAUGAUGAAACCCUGAAAGAAUUAGAGAAAAUUUUCAUCAAAUGCCAACACUUGGUAGCCAUAGAUAUAAGUAAUAUUCCAGUUGAACUUCAUGAUAAAUUUCUAGAUUUAUUGGUUAAAUUAGCUCCACACACUUUAUACAAAUUUCACAUAGGUAAUAUUGAUUCAUUUAAUAUAAAAUCAUUAAAAUUAUUUUUUAAUGAUUGGAGUUAUAGAGGUAGAAAACCUUUAUAUUUAUAUCAUCGUGAAAGAUUUAUUGGUGUGAAAGAAAUUAUUAGACUUAAUUAUUAUAGUGAUGAUUUUUGGUUGUAUGGAAAUACAUGGACUGAUAUAUAA